AUGUCAAUAGAAGUAGAUUCUGAUGAAACGAUUGAAAAUUUCUCUGAAUCCAGCAAAUCGAUUCCGGCCCACUUCAAGACACAUUCUGAAGCCAUUUAUACUAGCAUAAAAAAUACAUUAAAAGGAUACCAAAAAAAAGAAUUAUGUUUACUUAAAAUAAAUAAUCCAAAUUUAACUAAUAUUGAAUUAGCAAAUCAGUUUAAUAUUAGUUCAAAUUCAGUUAGAGAUAUACUCAAAAACUCUGACCAUUGGGUUAAUCUUGACUUAAAUAGUUAUGAGGCUAAUUUACAAAGAAACAAAACUCCAAAAUUUUUAGAAAUUGAACAAGCAUUAAAUCUAUGGGUUGAUAGAGCUUUAAAUGCUAAAAUGACAAUUACCGGAUAUACUUUAAUUGCACAAGCGCAACAAUUUGCUGAUAUUUUAGAUAUUACCAAUUUUAAAGCCUCAGAUGGCUGGUUAUCAAACUUUAAAAAACGUGCUGGUUUACGUGAAUUUAACCAUCACGGCGAAGCAAGUAGUGCACCGCUUGAAAAUUUACCUGAAUAUCGCAAUUCAUUACAAAAUUUAUUAGAUGAAUAG